AUGGACAGACGAUAUAAUCCACACUGUUCGGAUGUAAGUGAUUUUGAAAAUUCCAAAUAUACUAAAAGUGACGAGGAAUUAGUGCUAUCUGCAACUCAAGUAGAGAACAUGCGACCAGUGGUAGACAAAACUUAUUCAACUAAACGAUUUGCUGAGCCAAUGACUGAACCGCAAUUGAAAUCACUUUCUUGGACUCGCCUUCCUGCUAAUUCAAUCGCUAAAAGCAAUUGGGCUUUACGAACUUUCACAAACUGGAGAUUACACAGAAAUUCAAUGAGAAGCAAACCUUGCGUAACGAAAUUUCAACUAGAAUUGCUUGAGAUGGACAAUAGUACGCUAAAUGAAGCAAUGGGCUAUUUCAUCACAGAAGUGAAGGUCAAGACGGACAGGAGAACAAAGGGGAUACUAUAUAUGAUAUUAUUGUUGCUUUGCAAUAUUAUAAGAGGGCCGAUGGGUGGUCUUAAACAUCGAAAAUUGGCUAAGGAGAGUGUUAAAGCUUACCAAAAUAAAGAAAACCCAGAGAGAUGUCCAGUUCUAUUGUUUGAAAAAUAUUUAAACUUCAGACCCAGUAAUUGUAAGAAUGACCUAUUUACCUGCAACCCAGAAAGCUCCACAAAGGAAAUGAUUGGUAGACAUCUAACCUAA